AUUUCGUAAUAUUUUUAAUUUUAAAAAAUGUCUUGUUGUUCAGGAGAUGAUGAUGAUGAACAACGACAUAAUCCAACACAUGUACGAGGAUGUACAGAUAUUUUUUGGCUUUGUUGUUUUAUUAUAUUUUGGUUUCUUAUGAUUUUAAUAGCAGCUUUUGCUCUUGUUUAUGGUAAUCCUUUACGACUCAUAAAUGGAUAUGAUAGCUUUGGAAAUACUUGUGGUAUGAAAAAUAAUCCAAAAUUUGGUAGUAUGGAAUUGUCUGGACAAGAUACUAGUGAUAAACCAUAUUUAUUUUUUCUGGAUGUACAUAAUGUCACACAAUCUUUAAAAAUUUGUGUCAAAAAAUGUCCAGAUCGAACUAUGACAACAAUGAAUGAUAUAUGCAAAUUUUAUAAGGAAACAGGAUCUCAACUUUGUCAUGAUAAACCAGGAAAUAAUUUAAGUGCUUGUAAUGGAAAUAUAAAAAAUAUAACAGGUUCUUGCCCUGAAUUAGUUUAUAAUAGUAUACCAGUUCUUAAUCGUUGUAUUCCUAAAGCUAUUAAAGAUGUAGGAGUAAUUGCUAAUUUAUAUGGAUUUAUCAAUUCAUGGGAUAUUAUUGAACAAAUUUUAGGAGAUUUAUAUAAAACAUGGAAAGAAAUAUUAUCAUUGUCCUUUUUAGCUUUUGUUUUAUCUCUUUUUAUGAUUGCUAUAUUUCAUUUAUUAGCACAUAUUGUAACAUGGAUUGUGAUGAUUCUUGUCACUAUAACAACUAUAGGUGGAAGUAUAUUAUUAUGGUGGACAUAUAUAGAAAUUAAAAAAACUUUAGAUAAAACUGAUCCAAAUCAACUUUUAGAGGAAUCUGUUAGAAAUGAAAGAGCAUUUCUUGCUUUUUCUAUUAUUGCAACAAUAGUAACUAUUAUUUUAUUAUUGCUUCUAAGUAUAAUACGUAAACGUAUUGAAUUUAUGACAGCAUUAUUUAAAGAAAGUGCUAAAUGUUUAGCAGAAUUACCAGGUUUAUUGUUUCAACCUUUAUUAACAUUUAUUGCUUUGAUAUUAUUUUUUACAUUUUGGAUAACUGUAGUUCUUUGUCUUGCAACAGCUAAUUAUCCUGGCACAAGAUCUGUACAGAUGUAUAAAAAUCAUAUAUUUGAUCCUUUAAAUUUGAGUUUAAUUGGAGAAAAAAAUACAUUUAUUGAAAAGAAGAGACUUGAUUUUUCCCUUGAUUCAUUUAAAACUUUUACACUUGUGGAAUAUGUGGACCCAACUUGGAUAAAAUAUAUGUGGUGGGUAUAUAUCAUAGGUUUAAUAUGGACAUCUGAAUUCAUUAUUUCUUGCCAAGAUAUGGUGAUAUCAGGAGCUGUCGCUCAUUGGUAUUUUAGAGGAAAAGAUGCUAGUGCAUCUCCUGUAUGUGCUGCUAUGGGAAAUUUAAUUAGUUAUCACUUAGGUUCUGUAGCUUGUGGUUCAUUUUUAAUAACACUUUUUAAAUUACCUCGUUUGAUUUUGACAUAUCUUCAUGCUAAAUUUGAGAAAAAUAAAGAAACAUCUCCUUGUGCACAGUGUGGUUUAAAAUGUUGCAUAUGUUGUUUUUAUUGUUUAGAAAAAUUUAUUCGAUAUAUGAACCAUAAUGCAUAUACUGUUGUUGCUAUUGAAGGAACACACUUUUGUAAUGCAGCUAGAAUUGCAUUUACAGCUCUUAUUAAUAAUGCUUUACAAAUAGCAGUAAUUAAUGGAGUAGGUGAUUUUAUUUUAUUUCUUGGUAAAUGUUUUGUUAUGGCUGCAACUGGUAGUAUUGGAUUAUUAUUUAUGAAACAAGAUCCUAGAUUACAUUUUUAUGCAGCUCCAAUAUUUAUUGUCUGUGUGUUUGCAUUUUUUAUUGCUCAUUGUAUCAUUUCCCUUUAUGAGACUGUGAUAGAUACAUUGUUUCUUUGUAUCUGUGAAGAUAAGAAUUUAAAUGGUGAAAAUGGAAAAUGGCGUCAAUCAGCUUUAGCACAAAUUGGAUCUAAUACAACUGCUAAUGGUCAACAAGCACACGAAUUAGUACCAAUGAAUACAUAAGUAAUAUUAAAAAUACUAAAACAAUAUUUGUUUAUACAUAUUUUAUUAUAAUGGUAUUUAUUAUACCAUAUAAUUUGAAAACUAAAUUUUUCUUUUCUAAAUAAUUUUUAUAUAGCUUUAAAUCAUUUAUAAAAUUAUGAUUAUCAUAUACAUAUGCUUAUGAAUGAAUUAUUAAAUAAUUAUUUUUAAAUCGAAUCAAAUUAAAUGAUGAUAACAUUUUUUAUAUAUCUAACAACUACUGCCGUUUGUACAAAAUAUCCUUUUUUUUUGUAAUAUACUUUUUAAUAAUUUUUUCAUUUUAAUAUAAUUUUAAAAAAUGUAUAAACAUAAUUUUAUUUUUAGUAUUUCUAUAACAUAUUACUUAUAAAUUAUAAAGAAUAUUUUAUAAUAUUACAAAAAUUAUUAAUGAAUACUUUUUUUUUAUUUUUAUGGUACUUAAUAAUAUAAGAAAAACAAGUCAUGCAUUUUUUUAGAUCUUUAGAAUAACAUAUAUUUUUUUAAAAAAAUAUUUAUUAUAUCAAUAACGCUGAGUAUUUACAUUCGUCUUUUUCAAAAAAGAUACAUAUUUUUUUAUUUUUAGAAUUAAUAUUAUAUUAUAAAUAUAAAAUAUACAAUUUUCUAUACAAUGAAAACAAUGAAUAAUAAAACUAAAGAUCUAAAAAUUGAAGAUUUAUAAAUAUUAUUGUUUAAUAAAGUCGAGAGAAUUAAAAAAAUUAAAAGAUUACAAAAUUAUGAUAUUGAUUAAACUUGCAAAAUAUUAUAUAUAAUUAAAUUAUCUAAGCGUUAUAUUUGAAUAUAAAAUAAAUAUUAUUGUUCACAUAAUUCUUAAUUAAAAUAUAAAUCUGAAUUUGAAAUUUAAUAUUACAUAAUAAAUACUAAAUUUUUUAUAUUAUUAAACUUUUUAACAUAAAAUAUUUUAUGAAAUAUAUUUUAAUGUAACUAAAUCAAGUACAAAUAUGUAUCGGCAUAAUUUAUAAUAUUAUAAAGACUUAUAAAUAAUUUUAAAUAUAAUAUUUUUUUAUAUUAAAAAUUAAAAUAUAUUAUAUUUUGAAA